AUGGUCCGGCCUGCGCGUAUAGGGCAUUUUCUGGGCGCGACCGGCCUCCCCCGGACCCACCUGGCCUGGAGUUUCCGCACCCAGAACCCUCCCUCUCACGGGCCACGUGUCUUCAGUGCAGACCCUCCACUCUCUCAAUUCCGCCAGUAUAGACCUCCUCUCUCCCCGACAUCAUCGAAAGCAAUCCCCCUACAGAAGAUCGCCCGAAACAUUUCCAACACAGAACUUCCAUCCAAUUCCUCCUCGACCGCCAGCCCCCCUCCUCCAGGACAGAGCACACCUCAGGUUUCGGGAGUGAACUACACCCAUACCCAUCCUGUUUCCCGCUGCUCGCUCUCGGACGCCACUAACGCUCUCCCAGGCUCUUCCGCGUUACCUACGAUGGAAGAUCAGGGCGUGCAGAGAGCUGGCACCCACCCCUGUUUUGGGGGUCCGGAUAGCUCUCAAACUCGAGGCUGCGCACCCCCUUUCCCCCGAACGGACGGCCCGCGGGGCCCGGGGCUGUCCCCGCCCCUAUGCCCUUUUUUGGGUUUCCUGCCAGAGGCAUGCUGGGAGCGUCACAUGCAAAUUGAGCGUGCACCCAGCGUUCCGCCCUUUCUUCGUUGGGCCAGUUACCGACCCGGCCCAGUGCGCAGGCGCGGGAAAGUUGAACUAAUAAAGUUUGUACAAGUUGAGUGGAGGCGGCGGCAGGUUGAGUGGAGGAGGCGGCGGUGAGGCCCCGGACCAGGUGCCUCCAUGGCAGGCUCUGAAGAGCUGAGGCUCCGGGAAGACACGCUGAGGGUCCUAGCUGCCUUCCUUAGGCGUGGUGAGGCUGCCGGGUCUCCUGUUCCAACUCCACUCAGAAGCCCUGCCCAAGAAGAGCCAACAGACUUCCUGAGCCGCCUUCGAAGAUGUCUUCCCUGCUCCCUGGGGCGAGGAGCAGCACCCCCUGAGUCCCCUCGGCCUUGCUCUCUGCCCAUCCGCCCCUGCUAUGGUUCAGAGCCUGGCCCAGCUACUCCAGACUUCUAUGCCUUGGUGGCUCAGCGGCUGGAACAGCUGGUCCAAGAGCAACUGAAAUCUCCACCCAGCCCAGAAUUACAGGGUCCCCCACCCACAGAGAAGGAAGCCAUACUGCGGAGGUUGGUGGCCCUGCUGGAGGAGGAGGCAGAAGUCAUUAACCAGAAGCUGGCCUCGGACCCCGUCCUGCGCAGCAAGCUGGUGCGCCUGUCCUCCGGCUCUUUCGCCCGCCUGGUGGAGCUGUUCUGUAGCCGGGAGGACAACUCUCACCCAAGCCGAGCAUGCCCUGGGCCGCCGCCUCCUUCCCCGGAGCCCCUGGCCCGCCUGGCCCUGGCCAUGGAGCUGAGCCGGCGCGUGGCCGGGCUGGGGGGCACCCUGGCCGGACUCAGCGUGGAGCACGUGCACAGCUUCACGCCCUGGAUCCAGGCCCACGGGGGCUGGGAGGGCAUCCUGGCCGCCUCACCCGUGGACUUGAACUUGCCAUUGGACUGAGCUCUUUCUCAGAAGCUGCUACAAGAUGACACCUCAUGUCCCUGCCCUCUUCGUGUGCUUUUCCAAACCUGCCUUUUCAGCUCAGGGCUGUGGGGUGGUGGUCGCCCUACCUGUUUUUGCCAAAAAUAAAUUGUUUAAAACUUUUUGUAUUAAAAAUGUUACAAAGU